CUCCAGCGUCACCGUCUCCAGCACCGUCCAGGAGAACAAAGCGCAUCCCAACGCCCCAACAGCGAACAUGACCCGCUUUCGUAUCAAAAAUUUAAAAAUCCUAUCGUGUUGCCUCGGCGUUUGGGUCACGCUCUUUGGCGGUGCCCUGCAUUUGGCCCGAUGCAGCGAGUUUCCCGAGCGCGAAUGCUGCGACUUGACCACCACCUCAACGGUGGGUCCUUUACCCCUGCCACCGCCGGCUCUGCCCACCGAUAAAUCAUUAUCGUCAGCCACAACAGCCUUGGAGACAGAUCUGAAUCUAACAAUCGGACGAUCGGGUUCGACCAUUAAGGGCGUGGUUGCAAUUCUCAAUUGCAUUUUGGCCCGUCAAUUAUGCUUUGAGGAUCCCUCAUGCUCGGCAAUACUGGAGAUAAUACCCCGCGUCUGCGGUCCCAUACCUGUGUCCUGUAGCACAGUGACGGUUACUAAAUGCCAGGCGGCAUUAAGAACACUGCAGGCAUUCCAAUUCUUUCGGCCAACUUGCCUCUGCAAGGAACCCGGCAUGGAUCCCGAUUGCAAUCAUUUUCGGGACUUCCUGUUCGAUCAUCCGUGUGGAUUUGUGCUCAAAAAAGCUGAAAAGGAUCCUUAUCCGAUUGAUGCCCUGCCCACGUGUAAUCAUGCACUGUCCGUUUGUCAGCAGGAACGCAAAUGUCUGAAGCUCUUCGAGGAUUUCAAGACGCACUGCAAAGUGCGCGACAAUAAAUGCAAAAUGGAGAAUAGGGACGCCUGUCAUGACUCAUGGACUAAUCUGCGAUUAUCUCCCAUGUUCGGAUGCAUCUGUCCAAAUAAUCAUAUGAAAAAGCGCUGUGAUCGUAUAUUUAAUAUUGUUAAUCACAAUCCGUGUGUGGAUAGACUCAUAUUUUUCCCCAACGGUUUGCCCAAGCUGAAGCCAAAGCCAAAGCCGAAAACGAAGUCAAAAUCAACGCAAAAACAGAGACAGAAACAGAAGCAGAAGCAACAACAGAAACAUGGACAGCGCAUUGGCCACGCCCACAAUGGCACCGAACUACUGUCCAACAACAUCGAGUACCAAUACCAUGACGAGCCAAACAAUGAGCACAGUCACACAAACGCUGAAGAGGAUGAGGAUGAAGCGGACGAUGAGGAAAACGCGAAUGAGGACUCGGAUGAUGAUGAUAAUGAUGAUGACUAUGAUGAUCGCAUACGCGCUGAAAUUUAUUCAAACUACCCGCAUUAUCUGCACCCGCCCUCGUGGGGCAUCAACAAUCCAUUGGUGCUCGCCUCGCACAGUCCCCACACCUCCGAGGACGACGAUGUGGUCGUCGAGGUGCCCACCACGACAACGCGUCAUGGCCACAAGAAGCAGCCGCUGCAGCCGCUGCAGCCGCACAUGGAUGCUGUGGACGAUGUUGUGGUGGUUGUCGAUGCAGGUCCAGGGUCGCAUCAACACUCGCAUCACACACACACCUACUAUGCACAUGGCACGGAACCGUCGACAACCCUUGGAUCAGCGUCAACGGCAACGACAACAUCCACAUCCACAUCGAAUCUCCCAAACACUGGCACAAAAUUGCACAAAACAAAUGCACAUCAUGUCGAUUUAGUCGCCGGAAGUGAUAUAACCCACCGCAACUACUCUGGUAGCAUCAUGGAGGAGAGAGUAAGAAUAUUGGGCAUGGACGAGAAAUUGCAUCAGAGAAUCUUCGAUGAUAAUUUGGCGCUUAUUGAUACGCCAUUAAUAUCGACGGGCGGCGGGGCGAACAGCUAUAAUUAUCCGGGCUCGGUGUCCAACUCGUUGCACGGUGUGCUCAGCUAUCCGUUCAAUAUAAGCGGCUUCCAUCAGCGCCACAUGGCGGCGGGCGCAUCGGCAGCCGCCGGAAAUGAGUCGCCAUUCGAUAUCGUUGAUACGGGCUACGGCUACGCCAAUGGCAACAGCAAUGGCAACAGCAAUGGCAAUGGCAAUGGCAACGGAAACGGAAAUGCCGGUGUUUACUACCAAAGUGGUCAGGAUGUCGAAGUUGACCUCUCAACGGAAAUAAUCAAGCAACACUUUCAGAGUACCUGCCACACAGCAUUGGAUAGCUGCCGAGAUGAUCCAGUCUGUGCAUCCUCACUGCAACCAAUGCUGACGCAUUGCGAGCUGCAUCGUUGCAAUCGCAAUGCGUGCAUGACAUCAUUGCAGUCCUUUUACAAAGGACCGCAUGAGGACUUGAGCCUGGACAUUGCCUUUUGUCUAUGCAAAAAAACCACAAACAGCAACAGCAACAACAACAACAGUCCGAGCCAGCAGAACAGCAAUCGGCACGACAUGUGUAUGAUUGCACAGGAAAAACUGCAUCCCGUCUGCGCACAGCGGCCUCCUGAUAACAAUAAUCCAGCCAGCUCCAAUGGCAUUUACUACCAUCCACCACCAGCGUGUCACGUAGUGGCCGACAACUGUAAAGAGGAUCGCGAGUGCAGACUGAAGCUGGAGUAUUACGAGCAGGCCUGUGCCGUGGACAGUGUGACAAAGAAGUGUGCCGGCCGUCCCAGUGGCUGUCGCACCGCAGUAAUUGGCAUACUGGGCACCAUGUUGCGCACCACAUGUGCCUGCCAGGGCACAGAUCCGCAACACGCCUACCACUGCAUUGGGUGGAGGCGCCUCCUCUGGCUGAAUCCCUGUGUGGUCGAGGCCCAAAAGGACUUUCAUAUGAAGCGGCUGGCCGAGUUGGGCUUCCUCACGACAACAACAACAACGACGACCACAACUACAACCACGACAACAACAACAACGCGUGCACCACCACCACCGCCGCAACCGCCACCGCCGCCGACGACAACAACAACAACCACCAGUUUGCAGCCAAAGCAGACGGCUAGAAAACCGGCAACACAUAUCUUCAAGGCAAAGGAGAAAUCAGAGCCAGCAUCGGUGGAGCACAAUUAUCUCGAUCCGCCCGAUUCGGUGCCGUUGCACAGCGGAAACGAUGCAAGCGGAAACGGCGGAAAUGACGAUUAUCAUGGCGGCAAUGAACACGACAAUGUACACGGCAAUGGACACGGCAAUGGGCAUAAAAAUGGAAGUGGCAAUGGGAAUGGAAAUGGCCAAAACGGUGGCCUUGGCCGGCAGGGCGGAGAUAACGAUGAUCGGGUGAUUUUUGUUGACCAAAUGGAAACAACAGAAUUUGUGCAGCGCAUCAGCAUCACAGAGCCGACAACCACAACGACCACAACAAUGGCAACCACAACAACAACGCAGCCGCCAAGGAACUGCGUGGUGCAGCGUCCUCAUCAAAGUGAUCAACUGAUACGCGAGGGCAGCAGCAAACGGAUCUACUCCUUGGACGAUACCGAGUGCAGCGAACUGUGCAGCUGCGGCGACUCUCUAACACUCACCUGUCACGCCCUGUGCGUGCAAUUUCAACCCUGUCGCACCGCCCUCGCCUUCUACAGUCACGCCUCGCCAGCUUAUCAGGCGUUCCGUGGCCGUUGCCUUUGCUACUCGGGACGUUUCAUCUGCAUGAAGCCACCGCUCGGGGAAUACGUAUUGCCAGGUGGCGUCUUUCUGCUGCUCGGCUACAGUGCCGCCGAUGAGGCACUGCUCAGACCUCACACCAAUCUCGGGGUACAGGAUGCGGUUCGCGCCUUGCAACAAUACGUGACAACCUACAUCAAUAAUCAGACACAAUGCACAUUGACGCUAUUCAACAUGACAGAGGAGAACAUCAUUAUUGCCGCCCGUCUGCCACACGAUGGCAAGCAAAAGGACAUUGAGCUAUUGCGCAAAGAGAAGGACGAAUGCACCGCGAUACUGAAGACCAUCAGUCAUCACAUCAACACCGAGCACAAUGAGCUACAAUCCCACCGACUGCUCAGCAUUUUCAAAAUGUCUGAAGUCGAUGUUGUCUGGCCGGAAAGCACGAGCGCAGCUCGCAGUGGCCAUGGCCACGGCCAACAGACAGCGGCCAGUCGCCUUCUCUCCCUCCUGCUGCUCUCGCUGGCAGUAACCGUCCGUGGCACGCUGCGUAUGAGCAAUGUACUUGCAACAUGACACACCAGCUAAGGCAGUCAGAGCAGCGGCAUGUAGUUUAUUUGUAAGCAACAAACUGUGGAGGGGAUUGGGGUGGGUCUGUCAAAAGGGGCGGGAAUUUCGGCUCUCACUCGGUACGAUAAGGAUACACUUACUUAAUUAUAUGUAUACUUAGGAAAAAAA